AUGGCCGAAACAAACUGCCCCAAAAGAGAGGCUUCUAUUGAUGUUUCUGCCUACAGCAGUCCAGUGGAAUUGGAAAGCUUAGGCCUGGAUAGACUGAAAGCCGCUCUGAUGGCAUUAGGCUUAAAGUGUGGAGGAACACUCAAAGAACGUGCUGAGCGUCUGUAUGCAUCAAAAGGCUUGAGAGCUGGUGAUUUAGGAAGGGACGCGCUGGCAAAGAAGACAGAUGAAGCUAAAGAACAAGCACGGACUGCAGCGUUGGCGAAACUUGAAGGUCACAUAAAGUGCAUUGGUAAUCUUCUCAUGGAGGAGCGGGAUGCGACGCGCGAGAAUGUGGAAAGGAAACAGGCGCGAACCGUCGGGGAAAACGAAGACGACGAUGAAGAGCCUCAAGUACGCUUCACUGCCAUUCUUUCACUACCAUCUAAUAUUACGGGUCUCUUCCAGAUCGAAAGCGAUGAGGAGGAAAACGACGGCGUGCCCUACAACCCCAAAAAUCUCCCUCUUGGAUGGGAUGGAAAGCCGAUUCCGUACUGGUUAUAUAAAUUGCAUGGACUGAAUAUAUCGUAUUCAUGUGAGAUUUGUGGCAAUCAGGUGUACAAAGGGCCGAAAGCAUUCCAAAAACAUUUCAAUGAAUGGCGCCACUCUCACGGAAUGCGAUGUCUUGGUAUUCCUAACACUGCUCACUUCGCUAAUAUAACGCAGAUCAAAGAUGCACUCGAUUUGUGGAACAAAAUCAAAGGAGAUAAGGAACGGCAGAGAUGGAAUCCCGACAACGACGAAGAGUUCGAAGACUCAGCCGGUAAUGUGGUUACACGAAAAAUGUAUGAAGAUCUCAAGAGGCAAGGGCUUUUUGUAGUGGUGCCUCCAAAUUGA